AUGAAUGCUAUCAGAGGACCUGGUGAUGAGAUUGAAAAUGAAGUUCUUGUCAAAAAGAUACUUAGAUCUCUCACUCACAAAUGUGAUACUAAAGUUUCUGCUAUAGAAGAAGCCAAGGAUCUGAAGACUUUCACUGUGGAUGAACUGUUUGGUUCCUUGACAGCCUAUGAUAUGAGAACUACAAGUGAGAUUUUCUCAAGAAAAGAAGAUGCUUUCAAUACCACCAAAAAGGGGAAGGAAGUUGUUUCUCAUGAAGAAUCUAGUGAAGAUUCUGAUGCUAAAGUGGCAAACUUUGUCAGGAAGCUCAAAAGAAGAUCUGGUCGGUACAAAGGAAAACUACCACUGAAAUGUUUCAGCUGUGGGAAGGGAAAUCUCAUUUUGGAAGCAUACACUGAUGUCGACUGGGUAGGCUACAUAGAUGAUAGGAAGAGCACAAGUGGUGGUGCAUUCUUUCUGGGUGACCGGUUGCUCUCAUGGCAUAGCAAGAAGCAGGACUUGGUCUCUCUAUCCGUGACUGAAGCCAAAUACAUUGUUGCUGCUACAUGUUGCUCUCAAGUGCUCUAG